UAUUAAUUAAGAAAGGUGUGCCCUGGAGGUGCAGAUAGUCUAUAUAUAUAUUUACUUCCUGGAGUUUACUCUAGUUUACAAGCUAUAGGAAUUAGGCAAGUGUCAGUUUGAAAAGAUGUGCUGCUGGAAUAGAAAUAAACAGAAAAGUUCUGCAAUAGGAAAGAAGAUUGAGAAUGUUGCUUUUAUUGUCACUAUUGUCAUAGUGCUGGGCUUAUUCACUCUCCCAAUAAUAUUCUAUUACACUUCAAGUCAUAACAGGGACACCUUUAACAAUGCCAGCAUCUAUUACAAAGGAUUUACUAGCAACAUCACUGGAAUAAGCCAAAACUGUACCAGACUAUCAUGGAAUCAGGAUAAUGAUGCCUCAGAAUGUCAUGAGUAUACUGGAACUGCUUGUAGAGACUUCUUACAUCAAUGGUUUCAAUGUACCAUUGGAGAAGGUGAAUUGAAUAUUGGAGUAAGUCAACAAGAACAAAAUCAACACGAACAGACAAUUGAAUCACUCAAUAAUUAUUUAGAAUUCUACAAACAAUGUCAACAACAAUCAUCAGCUUUCAUAUGUCAAUAUUUCUUUCCACUUGCUGAUUGCUCAACUGGGAAAUCUUACAAGGCUACCAAGGAAGACUGCCUCCUCAUAAGUACAGGUGUUUGUUCAGACCUGUGGACACUAGCAAAUAACUUUAGCUAUGGCUCACUCUUACCUAAUUGUUCUACACUACCAAAUGCUGUCAAUGACUCAUCUUCUGUCACACUUUCAAUUGAAGACAUAAAUGAUACCAAUGGUACUGAAGGAAUAGCGUGCAGAGAAGAUUUUGUUAAAAUAGAUUUAAUCUGUGAGCCGAGAUGUGAGAGUUUUGAUCAAACUAGGUCUCAUUUAGACUCACAAAUACUGAUAUAUUCGGAAGUUGUUGCAACCAGUAUAGCCCUAACUUUCUGCAUUAUUGCAAUUAUUGUUGUUAUAAAGGAAUAUAAGAUAUUGUUAGUGACUAUAAAAUCUAUCACAAGUCACAACAUUAUAUCACUGUAUCAUUAUAGGCUAGCAUAUCCUUCUGUAUUGGUGUUUUUUCAAGUCAUAGACAUCACUGUAUUUGUCAUGGUACUAAUCAUAACUGCUAUUGAUCGGUAUGGAUUAUACUGCAGUUCAGUUAGUCUAUUGGAGACAUUAAAAAAUCCAACUCCUUUUUGCAAAUUUUCAGGAGUUGCAUUUCAUUAUACUUUUGUAAAUAUGGCACUGUCAUGGUUCUUUCAUGUUGCUAUAUUUUUUCACAAAGUACUUUUUCCCUUCCAAGCAAAUAGAUUUGAAAAGCUGGGACGUAACAAGUACAUAUUUGCAACUGUAACCAUUUUAUCUAUACUACUUCCAUUGCCAGCUGUUAUCAUUUGCCUUUCUGUUGACAAAUUCAAAUAUAAUAUCAAUCGUUUCCCAACAACUAUUUGCAGCAGCAAUGGUGUCAUGUGGUUCUAUUCUAUAACACUUCCAAUGGAUGUACUAUUUGCUGCUGGAGUUAUAAUGCUGAUUAUAGUUCUUUGGACUAUGAGAAAUAAAACAAAUUUCUUGAAAAAAAGAAGUCAUACUAAGCUAAACACUGCUGAGAAAAAAAUCCUAUUGGUUUUUACAUUUUUCAUUAUUUUCGGUGCUUUUAAUGUAGCACACCAAAGCAACAUAACAGCGAAAUCCGACGAGUUUGAAGCAGCUUUAGAGGAAUAUUUUGAAUGUGAGGCAUUCGGCCACAUCCCUGGAAAGUGUGACAGAGGAACAUUUGAAAAGAUCCGCAUGUAUAGCUCUUACAUGAGUGCUAUUGCAUUCAUACUAAUGAGUUUGAUACCAUUGAGCAUUUUGAAUUUCAUACUUAAGUGGAGCUCAGUUAAAAGUGCUGGAAAUAAAGCAGUAAAAUUGACAAAGAGGUGUUUCAAUUCCUGUAUUGUGGAAAAAUUCUAACUUCCUGUGAAAGUGUUCCUGAUGAGUUAUCAUCAAAAUCAGAUAAAAGUACAAAUAGUAAGAAUUUUGCUGUAUAAUUUAACUUUAUUUUCUGCUGAUAAUUUGGACCUUUAACUUCUGUGUACAAUAUUGUUCUACAUGUAUAUCUGUUUUUUAGUAUUAAAAACUUCUUAAAAGCUGAACUAAAGUAUUGAGUAAUACAGCACUAUAUAAA